AUGAAUUAAAGUGAAACGACUGAAAAGAGUUAAAACAGUGAAAAGAGUGUCAAUUUUUAUGAUUAGAUGAAUUCUGGGGGGUACUAUAUUGGAGAAAAUCGAUCUUCCUAAGUCAAUUCUGCUUAAAUCAAUCCUAAUACAUCCAAUUCAAGAGAAAUACCAGUCCCUAACUAAUCAGAAUAUCUAAAUAGACCUGAGAUAAAUGUUUAAGUAGUAGUUGAUUCAAAUUUCCAAAAUUCAGACUAAUUAACCUCAUAAUUAAGCAAUCUGAAAUAUUUUAAGGAUUCAUACGUUUAUUAAUUAAUCUCAAGUGUUAGAGCUAAUCUUAAGUUAAACAAAUAGAUUAAAAAUUAUAAUCUACUAAUUUAAACUAACAAGGAAAAAGAUAAGUCACCAGAUUAAAAUUUUUAACAAUCAGAGCUUAAUAAGGAAAAAUUAAACUAAUUUUUUUAAAAUAUGAAAUAAGCUAGAUAAAAUAUCAACUAAGUACAAUCCCCAAUUAAAGAUUUCUUAUGUACAAAAUUAUAAGAUCUCUUUCCUAAGAAGACUGUUACUUAGGAUGAUCACAUCGUAUUAACCAUUAAUUUAAUACUUAGAUAAUAAAAUUGA